AUGUCCUCUUCCAACUCUGCGUCGUCGUCCUCCAGCAGUUACCUUGAGCAGACUGUCUCUAUGCUCAGUACUGUUGGCGCGUACAUGCGGCUACCAGCCAUAGCCUCUACGGGCGUCGCGGCUGUCUUGACCACCCUCCUUUACUUCAAGCAAAAGGCUUUGAUCUACCCUUCGCAUAUGCCCCCGAACUCCCGUACCGAAGUCCCACGACCCUCGCAAUACGGAAUCAAGGAUUUCGAAGAGCUGGUCAUCCCGACAAACGACGGCGAAAAACUUUCCGCCUUCUACAUCCGCGGCCCGCGCGGUGGGAACAACUCCAAUGUCACCAUCCUAAUGUUUCAUGGCAACGCCGGCAAUAUCGGUCACCGCCUACCCAUUGCUCGCAUGCUGAUCAACUUUAUCGGCUGCAAUGUUUUUAUGCUCGAGUACCGCGGCUACGGUCUUUCCACCGGCGAGCCUGACGAGUCCGGCCUUUUCCUCGACGCCCAGACGGCGCUCGACUACCUGCGUUCCCGCGCAGAGACGAGCAAUCAUAAGCUGAUUGUCUACGGCCAGAGUCUGGGCGGCGCCGUCGCCGUCAAGCUCGUUUCUAAGAACCAAAAGGAUGGCGAUAUUGCGGGUCUGAUCUUGGAGAAUACGUUCCUCUCCAUGCGCAAGCUUAUCCCCUCCGUUCUCCCCCCGGCCAAGUACUUGACACUAUUGUGCCACCAAGUUUGGCCGAGCGAAACGGUGAUCCCGAACAUCACUUCGGUGCCGAUCCUGUUUCUUUCCGGUCUGCAGGACGAGAUUGUCCCACCUCGUCACAUGCGCCAGCUCUACGAGCUAUCCACUGCGCCCACAAAAAUCUGGAAACCCCUGCCGGCGGGCGACCACAACUCCAGUGUGCUAGAGGAGGGUUACUUCGAGGCGAUAUCCGACUUCCUGGCCAACGUGACCGGCGUCGUCAGCAAAGAGGAGAAGCAGCGCUUGUAG